UUUUUUCAUAGAAACGCUAGCUAUCUCAGCGCUUGCCUACUGCAUCGAUACUUCACUCAGGUUCGCAGCAAAGCCGUGCAGACGUUAAAUCACUCGCUGAGUAUUCCAAACAGAACCACACCUUUCCAGCUUAAGGAACUUGCAGACAUUUUGGCAUUUGAAAAUGAGUCUGAGGCUGAUGAGUUUUGCACGUUCCACGGUCUAACAGUAACAGAGGGGUUCGUAAACUUUGCUCGUUCUUCUUUCAUUGAGCCCGAGUCUAAGCUUCCCGCAAAGAGAGCCUGGAAACUAAUCGAAUCCAAACGAAGCUGUUCCAUUGGAGAGGUGGUUUACAACGGACCACUUCCAACCCCCCCUCAGCAUCAACCAUGCCUCAGCUUCAGUGAAGACGGCCGCUACAUCGGUUACUUAACGGACCUGCAUUCUACACUAGUUCCCACUCAGAUUGAACCUGCUAAACCCACAGUGUCUUACUCCGAAGAGGAAAUACAAAAUUUUACCAAGACACUGUUCUUGGAAGUGAUGAACGAAAUGUGUGCAGACAUUACAAAGGAAGCCAUUGACAAGGUACAUGUUGAUCUUCAAUUGUCCACGGAGAUUACAGAUACGAUUUACGAGGAGACGAUAUCAGAGUUCAUAAGAGAAACAGCAAAUACAGUGUUUACCGAGGAACUCAGUAAAAAAAGAAUUGCUCAGGAAAACGCGGUCACUCGAGAGCGUGUGUCACGCACUAUUCACGAUGACUUAACAGAGGAGUUUGUUUCUCUUGAAAGUACGAGGAUUGCGGAGGAGGUCAUAAGACAAGUGCGCUUAGAGCUUCUGAAAUUGGCCAGAGAAAGAAUUUCACAAGAGAUUUGCCAGUCCUUGAUAGAGGAGAAAGUCUCGGCUGAAGUAGAAGAAAUUGCUGAGGAAGUAUUGCAGGAGGCAAAGUCAGAAAGAGACGCUAAGUUGCAGCUAUUGGCCGGCUAUGUUAUAAAGAGUAGAACUGCAAAAUAUUUCGAAAGGUGGCACACAGCAUUCCGCGCUAGUGUGCAUUUAAAGGGACUUCUCAACACUUUUCCUCCUGGACCUCCCAUGGUCAGCAUCGAUAAUCAACUCCAGCAACUUGUGGGACACAGAACACAGGACGUCACCAUGGCUGUGAUAAGGACUGAUGCCCAUGAAAGUGAAAUCCGUAAUGUAUUGGAGAAAAGACAAGCACAUAUGGAGUACAGCAGAAAACAAGCAUGCCGUCCGCUGGACGUACCAUUGUUGCUUGCAGACUCGAUGAGAUCUCAGCCAGUCGCUCAAAGAUUAUGUCCCAGCUCCCCGGUUUAUUGGAAAUUGAUUCUAUCGCUACCAGAGAUGCGCGAUGGCCUUGAAUUCACCGGUGAUCACGAGAGCGGGCUUGACGUUUGUUCUAUGAUCAGGGAAAAGUUGAAAAGAGGAUUUUAUCCAGUCAGUGACAACAUUCCUCAUGGACUCAAGAGAAAAAUUGAUUUGUUAGCACUCUAUGGUGCGGAAGUCCGUGGCGUUCCCUUACAGAAAAGAGUGAUGAAAAUUUGCACCAAGGCCUGUUAUGGCGUUUUGACGAACACAGAAGUAAGAGAAGCGAUGGAAACGCGGCAGUUUUUCGGAUCUCACGCGGUCAUCUUUGUUGUUGACGGGAAAGAACUUCAGCGCAGUCCAGAGGCCUCAAGAGAAGCUCACAUUCGCCUGAGACGUAUACUUGAAAGCAAGCCACCUGAACCGAGACUACCAGUCGCUGUGAUAGUAAUUGACCACGAAGGAAAUUCGACAACCGAAGAUAUGUUAUUCCGUCUGGGUGUUCAACAGCUAAAAGCAGAUGGUCUCCUAUCAGAGUGCAAUUUAUCUACAGUCAGCUCGCUCUCAGGCCACCGAGAUGAUCUGUCACAAAAGCUUUGUUCGGCAGUGACUUGGUUAGGACGUCACAUGGCUCGAUGCAGUCUCCCAAAGACCGACAACGUAGGAAACUUCAUUGAGAACGGUCUUCAGAGAUUCUUCACCACACCACUGGCGGAGGAUGUGUUUGUCAGACGACAAGCCAAAUUGGAUCAACAGUGUCCAGAAGCUAUUGUUGAAUUAUACAACAGCGCUUUGGAACAUUUAGGAGCCGUUGCUUCCUCGAGGAGUUUACAAAAUCUGUCCUGGCCGAUGAAAGAAUUUAGCGAUAAAGAAAACGGGGAACAUGAUGUACCAGAUGCUACAUGGAACAGUUACGAGAACUUACAAAGGAUGAAUACACUUAUUACUUCAUUAAAACUGCCUCCACCUCCACCAGCGGCUGUUGAUGGCACAUGGGAGUCUGAAAGUAAUUUGUGUCUAGAAUACGCUCGAAGGUUAUCACCAGACACCGCCAGCCUGUUAAACAGGGUCAAGUGGAUUCUAACUCGCACUCAGCGAGCAUUGAACGGUAUCGACUUACCUCUGGCCAGUCCCUGGCUAUCUGCAUCUCAGGUUCCCUGGCCACUCGUGCUUGAGGCAUGCGUAAAUUUUCGUCUAACCCCAUUACAUUCGGACCCAGGCUUAGAAGAGCAGGACGUUUAUUUCUUACCUGAGGAGUUAGAUGCAUUUUAUCCACCAACGCUUUGGAUGCAGUCGAUAAAUUUGUCAAAGAAGGAAGCGGCGAAAGCAAAGAGUCUAGAGUCGUCUAAACCAAGGAAGAGCAAAGACACCAAGUUACAAGAGUCAUUUCUAGAUAUGGAACAACAGUUUCAAGAUAUAACAGGUUUGUCUCGUACUCUCGCAACGCCAUCAGUACAGUCUACGCCGGUGGUCACGUCAUCCUAUUUAUCGGUUCCAACGAUCACGCCAUUGUUGGUAACGCCACCACUUGUCACGUCAGUACCACGUGCGUCUUCCAUGGUAAAAGAAUCUCCGUGUUCAUCUUCCCAGGCUGAAAUAAGGAUAAUGAACGAACAGCUAAAGUCUGCCGUGGACGAAGCUAAAAUGCAGUCUAGACGAUUUGAAGAAUUACUAAAAAACGGUCUUAGUGACACUGAAAAUCCACGAGAACUGAGAGAGGGUUCGUGGAGGAAAAGGAAAGCGCAAAGCUUGGGAGAAAGCAAGAAGUCGCCAAAGUUCGUUGAGGGGGUGAACCUCCCGAAAGUUGAUGUAUCUUUCGGUUCUCUGGAAGAAAGCCUUCUCCACAUCAAUGCAACGCUUAAGUCACAAAGGCGUUCUGACCAAUUCACAGAAAGAAGGUUGAGUGAGUAUCUGGAUUCAUAGCAAAAAGCGGACCUAUGUUCCAAGGCUGCACCGAUUUAAGUGGGAAGACUAUUUACUUUACUCAUCUUUCAAGCUCUAUGAGAUCUCUAGGUCUGAGCCCAAGGAAAGAAGACUGAGAGGCGGUGGAAAAGACAUACUCAAGCAACACAGGACCUAUUUUAAUGUUUACAGAGCCUCGUUAGUUAGCGAGCUGCAAGCAGGGCCGAAAUAAUACUGCGCACGUGGUUGAGUAUUCGCGCGAUCAUUUUCGAUGGCUGCCUUUUAGGUUUUCUUUCUGUUCGCGCUUGGUUGACCCAGUUGCUGAUUAAUUCGAGGAGGUGUUUACUAUACUGCUUAUCGAGGCAUAUUUAGAUCCCAAAAACAAAGAAACCACCGAAGCAUGCCUUGAAAACUUCUUUUAAAAUCACCGACUGAAUAAAACGCCCUUUUGCACAAAAAGUGCUUUGUGGAACACGCCCAUUACUAAAAUCUCGGCAUAAAUAAACCAUCAAUGCUUCGACUUCUUCUACAGCGCGGUUCUUAUUGGCUUGGCGAUUAAGAGGCUCAAGUUGAUGUAAAAUUGUAAGCUCGAUAUCCACUUUCAAUAGAAUGCGAGCAAUCAUUUUGAAUGGUAUCAGCUCAACUGUGCACAAACAACAGAAUUCUCUAAGGCCCGUUGGCUGUGCAUAAGCAAAUAGAGCGCGAGAAAUAAUUAUGCUUAAAUCUCAGCUGACAGCUUUUGGCGCCAAAAACUAAUUCCCUCAAAACAUUACUGUCAGUGUAUACCAAUGUAUACCAUAUGGGUUACAUAAUAGGUCAUAGCUUAGCGCUUACUGAAACAAAGGAAAGGUAACUGCAUGUGUGCCUUUGAUCACUCAGCUUGAGCAUUUUAAAAUUCAAACAAAUGACUCUUCCAUAGAACCCUGUCAGUUUAAAAUAACUUAUUUGCGAAUGUUUUUUUUUUCUUAUUUGUUUAUUUAUUUUCCUUUAUUUUUUGUCGCAGUGUUGUACAGGUACUUGGCAAGAUGUCUUCAUUUAUAUGUAAAUAGAUGUACAUCUAUGUUUGUUUUUCCUCACGACGUAAUAGUGAUGAACUUAACUAAAAUAGCUUUAUUCAAUAGUUGAUAAUAGCUGAUGCAUGUUAGAAGCUUUCCUUUUGUAAAUAAAAACACAGAUUCAAGACUUGAUCGUUUAAAGAAAGGAUGCAUUAACCGCCAUCUUGGCUGGCAGACAGCAAUAUUUCAAAUGAAAUCUGAUCAUUUUAGGAAUAUGACUGCAAAUAAAUAACUCAAUAAA